AUGUCUCAAACGCCUAGUAAACAGCCUUUCCUUUCUGACCACUCAAUGGGAUGUGGUGUUCAGCCCCCGACAAAAAGCGGGCGAAUAGUCUCGGGUCAUAAGUCUUCAUUCGGGUGGUGGCCGUGGAUGGUGUCCGUGAGGCGUAACUCCUAUUUCGGGGGUAGUAGUAGUCAUAAGUGUGGGGGCGUUAUACUCAACCACCAGUGGAUCGCAACGGCCGGUCAUUGUGUCGACGAUUUACUUAAAACACAAAUAAGCUUAAGAAUAGGUGAAUAUGACUUCUCCAACACUUCAGAGCCCUAUCCACACAUCAAACGUGGGAUCAAGAAGAAGAUAAUUCAUCCCAACUAUAAUUCAAUGACUUAUGAGAAUGAUUUGGCGCUCAUCCAAGUGGACGAACCCAUUGACUUCGGGGCUCAUAUAAAGCCCAUAUGUUUGCCACCGGAGGACACGGAUGACCUGUCGGACAGAAACGCCACAAUCACCGGAUGGGGUCGUCUAAGCCAAGGUGGAGAGAGAGCAGCGGUUCUGAAAGAAGCCAACGUUCCGAUUGUCAGUAACAAGAGGUGCGAAGAAAUGUUCAAAAGUGUCGGACGAAAUGAAGCCAUUCCCGAGAUAUUGAUGUGCGCCGGUUAUGAUAAGGGAGGACCAGAUUCAUGCAAUGGUGACAGUGGGGGCCCACUCCAGGUUCAGAAUGAUGAGGGUCACUGGUUUCUGGCCGGUAUAGUGUCAUGGGGUAUAGGGUGCGGUGAGCCCUCACAACCGGGUGUCUACACACGUGUCUCAGUGUUCAGGCAAUGGAUUCACAAUUAUAUUCAACACUAUUAA